AUGGAGGACUGUAUACCUGAAUCCCGCAUUAACGUGGCGUUGAGCGGCACGGCCUUUCAGUCUUCAACCAGCGAUGACGGGGACGCUGAACGCGCCAUUGAUGGGAACAGCGACCCCGAGUGGACUCACCAGAGCUGCACCCAUACCGCCGAGGAAAAACCGUGGUGGCGGCUCCAGCUGCCCGGUGUGUACAGGGUGUCGGAGAUCGAGGUCACUAAUAGGAAUGAAAAUAGAGAGAGGCUCAACGGCGUGGAAAUCCUCAUCGGGAAUUCACCGGUGAACAACGGCAACGACAACCCAAGGUGUUCCAUCAUCUAUGAUGUCCCAGGCACGGUGACUCAGACUGUCCAGUGCAGGGGAAUGGAAGGAAGGUUUAUCAACUUCUACUUGUCCUGUGCAACUGCUCUUUGA